UGAAAGAUCCACGCGCUGGUUGGGCACCGGCUUCUGACGUAUUACCACUGCGCCUGCACCGGAAGUGCGUCACCAACUAAGAUGGCGGCUUGCAGCUAUCAUUCCUGCAACGUGACUCCCCGUGUGUGAAACCAAGAUCAAGCGUCAGAGCCGGGCGCUGUGCUCUGGUGUCUUUAAGAGGUGCAUUUUAUUUUAUUUGGUUUGGGAUACAUCAUUUGUAAGUGGGAAAAAUGUCAAGUUACAAGCCUGUAGCCAUCCCCACUUACCCCAAGCUUGGCGAGAAGAUAACACAGGAUACUUUGUACUGGAAGCGUUACAAGACACCAGUUCAGAUUAAAGAGUUUGGAGCAGUAACAAAAAUCCACUUUUCACCUAUUCAGCCCUGCAGCUAUGCUGUAACUUCAUCCACACGGAUUCACCUGUAUGGACAGUACUCUCAGGAACCAAUGAAAACCUUCUCUCGCUUCAAAGACACUGCCUAUUGUGGGACAUAUCGGGGAGAUGGGAAGCUUCUUGGUGCUGGCUGUGAAGAUAGUGUUGUCCAGCUCUUUGAUAUCAGUGGGAAAGCUGCACUUAGACAGUUUUCUGGCCAUAGCAAAGCUGUACACUUUGUAGACUUUACCUCGGAUAAGUAUCAUAUUGUGUCUGGUUCAGAUGACUACACAUCCAAACUCUGGGAUAUUCCGAAUGGCAUAGAAAUCACUAGCUACAAGGAGCACACAGACUAUAUUCGAUGUGGCUGCACUAGCCCACUGAAUAAUGAUUUGUUUGCUACAGGUUCGUAUGAUCAUACCAUUAAGGUAUUUGAUGGGCGAACAGACCAGAGUGUAAUGAGUAUGGAUCAUGGGCAGCCUGUGGAGAGUGUGCUUCUCUUCCCUUCUGGGGGACUCCUUGUUUCUGCAGGUGGCCGAUAUGUUAAGGUGUGGGACAUACUUAAGGGAGGGCAGUUGCUGGUGUCAUUAAGAAAUCAUCACAAAACCGUAACAUGUCUCAGUCUUAGCAGCUCUGGCCAAAGGCUGUUGUCUGGCUCAUUGGACAGGCAUGUAAAGGUCUACAGCACAAUGAACUACAAAGUAGUUCACAGCUUUGAUUAUGCAGCUUCAAUACUGAGCCUGGCUUUGGCACCAGAUGACCAAAUAAUUGCGGUAGGAAUGACCAAUGGUGUGUUGAACAUUAAACAUCGGAAACCUGAAGAGAAAAAAACAUUGCAAUCCACAGCAAAGAGGCACCCACGAUACAGAGUGUUUGUGAGAGGCAAAGACUACAUGCCCAAGCAGGACGACAUCUUUGUCAGUAAACCCGUAAAAGCGCACUUGACAAAGUACGACGCGUUGCUAAAAGGUUUUCACAUGUCGAAAGCACUUGAUGCUGCGUUACAGGUUCGAAUGAAAAGACCUGAAGUUACCGUUGCAGUCAUGAAUGAACUUAAAAGAAGGGGAACUCUUAAGAAUGCUCUUGCUGGAAGAGAUGAGAAGGAGUUGAGUGACCUGCUCAUUUUCCUUCUCAAACAUCUGAUAAAUCCCCAGUUUCUGCCGAUUUUAUUAAAUGUGGCAGAACACAUUAUAGAUAUCUACUCUCCUGUUGUAGGCCAGUCUUCUGUAAUCCAUAAACAAUUCAUAAGGCUUCAAGAAGUGGUAGAAAAAGAAAUUAACUACGGGGAGGAACUCUUAAAAAUAUUGGGCAUGAUGGACACACUGUUUGCCACAAUGACAACGAAAAAAGAGAGCCCGUGGGAGGAACCCAAACCAAUUCUCUCUCUCAAUUCCCAGUAAUGGAAUGAAAGAUUGGACAUUUUUAUCCAGUGGAUUAUCUGGUGGCUAGCCAAUCAACUUUGGCUUACCUUUUGUACUAUAUUUUAAUACAAGCAUCACCAGAAACUGCAUCUACUUAUACAAAAUGUAUA